CACUGGGCUUGGCAAUUUCUUUUCUUAUGCCCCACAGUAAAAUAUACAGAAGCAGAAAAAGUAUACAAACAGCACAAUGCUCUGUCAUCAUUAUUUUUCUGUUUUAUUGGUGGUUCCAGUUACUAUUCUGAAAGUUGAAUGCACAGUAGGAACCCAGCAUAACAAGACAAGACCGUUUCUAAAAUAUUAUGAAUUCCUAUCAUAUGACCACAAUGCCCUAGAUGAGAAUCACAUGAGAUCUAAAAGAGCCACACAGCAAGAGGAAAGAACAGUUUCCUUGGAGUUCUUGGCAUAUAGAAGGAAGUUUGAAUUAAAAUUAAGAAGUGAUGCAAGUGUGUUUGCAGAUGAUUUUGAAGUAAUAUCCAAUGAUAAAUCUAUACCAAAGGAUAUAUCAUUUGUAUAUUCUGGGGCACUGAAAGAUGAGGAUGGAUCAUAUUGCUAUGGUUCUAUCAUCAAUGGCCAUUAUGAAGGGCUAAUACAAACUAGCAAUGGGACAUUUUAUGUGGAAUAUGAGAAGGAUCAUUAUAAUGGAACAACAGAGUCAUAUAUUUACCAUGAGGCAGACAUUGACUAUUCCCUUAUGAAAGAUGUGCAGUUUAUUCAUUUGGCUUCCAAACCAAGUGAGCUUGUAGAAAAAAUGAAAUUGGAUGCAAAGGAGCAAUCUGUAGAAAGAACUAAAAGAAGUGUGGAUUUGUCCCGUACAACAUGUAUGCUUUACCUGACAGCUGACUAUUUAUUUUACCAAACAUUUGGAAGUGUUGCACAAGUGAUUUCACAGAUUGCUGGAUAUAUGAAAGCUGUAAAUGCAAUAUAUGAGAAAGUAGACUUUGAUGGCAUCAAGAAUAUCAACUUUAAAGUAAAAAUGCUAAACAUAAUCGAGGAGAAUGAACCUUCUAAUUACAUGAAUCCUGCUUUUAUUGGCCCAGAACAUCUUCUGACGCUACACUCAGAGACCAAUUGGAAUAAAUAUUGUCUUUCAUACUUGAUAACAGACCGAGAUUACAGUGGCACUCUUGGCAUCGCAUGGGAUGGAAGAACAGGAAAUAAUGGAGGCAUAUGUUCUAAAUUUUCCAAACAUAAAAACAUUUCUGAUAGAGAGGCAACACUGAAUACUGGACUUAUAACAAUACAAAAAUAUGGACAAUACUUACCACCAAGAGUAAUCCAUAUAGCACUUGCACAUGAAUUGGGCCAUAGCUUGGGAUCUCCUCAUGACGGAUCUGACGAAUGUUCACAUAUCAUAAAUGAAAAUAGUAAUGGGAAUUAUUUGAUGUAUCGUUAUGCUACAGACGGGACUCAGUACAACAAUGAUAAAUUUUCUCCCUGUUCAAUUAAAAUGAUUGGAAAUCUUUUGAGGAAGAAAAAAGAUCAAUGCUUUACUGAGAGUGGUCUUCCAAUUUGUGGAAAUCGAAUAGUAGAGAGUGGAGAGGAAUGUGAUGUAGGUUUAAAGGAUAAUGACGCCUGCUGCUAUGGCGCCAAUGCAUCACCCGAAUUACAGUGCAGAUUAAGGCCUGGGAAACAGUGCAGUCCAAGUGAAGGACUCUGCUGCAGUGAGAGUUGUUACUACAAGUCAGAAGGAGAACACUGUCAGAAUGAAACAGAAUGCACAUUUGAGAAUAACUGCACAGGUGUAUCUGCUAAAUGUCCAAAACCUACUGUAAAAGAUGAUUAUACUUUGUGCAACUUUGGAACAAGAAUAUGCACUCAAGGGGUAUGCCGUCAAUCAAUCUGUUUAAAGUUUGGUUUAGAGCAAUGUGAUUGUGAAAGUAAUUCCAUCUACGAAAUGUGUCAGCUUUGCUGUAAGAAACCAGGAGAUGGAUAUUACUGUAAAAGUACAUCUUCUGCAGAACUGGAACGUUAUUUUAAAAAAACUCUUAUUCAACUUCCUCCUGGGUCACCAUGUGGAAAAAGGCAAGGGUACUGUGACAAAUUUCAUAUCUGUCGGCUUGUGGAUGCAGAUGGACCCAUUGCCAGACUUAAAAAUUCUUUCCUAAAAUUAAAUGAGAUAGAAGACAUAGCAACAUGGAUGAAGAAUCAUUGGUGGGCCAUCCUUAUUAUUAUUUUAACAAUUUCUGCCAUAAUGGCUGGAACAGUGUUUAUCUUUGGGAGAACCGUGGACUCUGAAAUAGGAAAAGAAAAACAAAAAGAAUCACGACGACAACGGAAACCGAAAAAGGAAAUUGUUUACUGGGAAACAGAAGUUAACGUUGCAUCUGCAUAUUAUCAACAAGAGACUAAAAUGUAGAGGAGAAUAAUAGUCAAGAUAACAUCAGAGGAUGAAAAUUUAAAUUAAACUAGAAUGUAAACUGUUCACUUUCUGUUAAAGGGACAGUCUACACUAGAAUUUUUAUUCUUUUCUUUUUACCUCUGUGAUUACCUUGUAUCUAAGCCUCUGCAGACUGCCCCCUAUUUCAGUUCUUUUGACAGACUUGCAUUUUAGCCAAUUAGUGCUGACUUCUAGGUAACCCCACAUGUGUGAGCACAGUGUUAUCUAUAUGACACACAUGAACUAACACCCUCUAGCUGUAAACAACAGUCAAAAAUGCAUUCAGAUAAGAGGCGGCCUUCAAGGGCUAAGAAAUUAGCAUAUGAGCCUACCUAGGUUUAGCUUUCAAAUAAGAAUACCAAGAAAACAAAUCAAAAUUGAUGAUAAAAGUAAAUUGGAAAGUUGUUUUAAAUUACAUACCAUAUCUGAAUCAUGAAAGUUUAUUUUUGACUAGACUGUCCCUUUAAAGGUAUUGGAGCAUAUUGGUCUAUACAAUAAAUUUAUUGUAAACAUAUUGUAAAUGAUUGUCUGUUCUAAGUGAGGGUGAGACUUAAAGGGACAUUCCGGUCAAAAUUUAAAUGCACAUAGAUGCAUUACUUUUUUGAAUAGAAACAUAUUUGCAAUAUACAUUUAUUGGCAAAAAUGCUUCUAGUAAAAGAUAUAAUUGUUUUAGUAUUAACAUUUUUCUCUGCGCGUGCCUGGGAAGAAUUGAUAAUCUCAGUGCACAGGAUUUUAAAUAAUACAGCUGCUCAGACCACCAGUGGAGCUUGUAUUAUGUCAGUAAUUAACAAAUUGAGUCAUUACCAGAUGGAAAUACAACAGAACGUAAUUUAAAAUGUUUUUUUUACAAUUCAGAACAGUGAGAACCUUUAUGGACAAUAAAUAAAUAAAACUA